CUGAAAUGAUCAAAUCAAAAUGUUCAAUAUUUGCGAAGUUAGCAAGGUCUUCAUUGAGGUACCGUAGUUGCGGGGGGGAGUGUAAACCCUCCGAAGUACCCUCUAACACGAAACUCACCAUACUCCCAAAUGGCGUGCGUAUCGCCACCGAAGAAACCAGAACAUCUUAUCUACAAAGGCUUUAGAAGCAUGAAGAAGAAUGAACUGCAAGAUCUGUGUCUAGCGUCUGGAAUCAAACUCGGUGCCUCGACUGGAAGGGAACUCCAAAUAUUCAACGCAAGAUGUCUCUAUGAAAGCAGAUCCACAGUAAUCGAUAUCUUCAGCAAAAUGAUAACUGAACCGGCUUUCUUUGAAAACGAAAUCGAAUUGGAGAGGAAACAAAUCAUGCAUGAAUUGAUCGAUGCUGACAACGACCCUAAACAGGUUCUAUUUGACUAUUUACACCAGACCGCAUUUCAGGGGACCCCUUUAGCUCAGCGUGUGAUCGGUCCCACGAAAAAUCUGAACGCGUUUGACCCGCCAUAUUGCACCUCGAUUAUGAAGGAUCAUUACCAGCCUUACAAACUGGCGAUUAUUAGUUCUGGAUGUAUGCAACACGAAGAGAUGUUACAACUUGUGAAUAAAUCCUUUGGUUGCUUGGAAGGCAAUCCAGCGAUGCAGUCCGAGGAAGGGCCGGCUCGUUUCACUGGCUCUGAGGUUAUUUUCCGAGAUGAUUCGUUACCUUUAGCUCAUGUAGCUAUAGCUUUUGAAGCGCCUGGAUAUACAACAGUGGAAUACUGGACUAUGUUGGUAGCAUCUUGUAUGUUGGGCUCCUGGGAUAGAAGCCAAGCGAAGCCGGGGUAUAUACAUGCGAAUCUUUUAGCACAAGCGGGCGCAACUGGGAUGUGUGAACGGUAUGAACCAUUUUACUUCGCCUAUAGGGACGUGGGACUUUGGGGCGUCUAUUUUGUAGCGGAUAAGAUGCAUUUGGAGGAUAUGUUGUACAAUAUACAAAGAGUUACGAUGGCUCUUUGUACGAUGGCUCAGUUUACUGAUGUGCAGAGGGGGAUAAAUGCGGCCAAGUUGAAAAUAGCGCGGAGCGUGCAAGGCUCGAUUGAUUCCUGCCAUGAUGUGGGUAUGCAGAUAAUGUAUCGUUGCGGAAGGCAGUCUUUGCAGGACUCUUACGAUUGUUUGUCUUCGGUGAAUCAUCUCGUGUUGAGGGAGGUCUGCGAUAAGUAUAUUUAUGACCGGUGCCCUGCAGUGGCAGGGGUGGGACCCACUGAGAACUUGCCAGAGUACAACAGGAUCAGAUCUGGUACCUACUGGUUGAGGCGUUAGUUCGUUUUGUGUUUUGCUAAUAAAUAUUGUAUCUGUAACAG